CUCAUCUCUUCUUCUUUUUUUUUUUGCCAUCAUGUCGUUGAACGCGCAACAAAAGAAUGCACUCGGUACAUUUGUGCGUGCUUAUGGACUAGGUUGGACUAUUACAACAGCACCUUCCAUUCUAUCUGUCAUGAUCAAAGCGCUCUUACUUACUAAAUCAAAGGGCGCUAUACAAAAAGCAUUGACAUUAGUAUUAAAGAACAGCAUCGCACAAAAUGGACUGCCUUUGUUACUCGCGACCUCACUUAGUUGUCAUCAAUUAUUCGCGAAAUACAAAAAAUCAAUAGUCUUUUGGUCUUCAUGGGUCAGUAUAUGGCUCACACGUCGUUUAUUUCCUCGCACCAAGACACUCGACUUGACUUUUUUCGUGUUUGUACGAGCAUUGGACGUAUUUGCCCAUCGAAUCUAUGCUUCUUCUCGGGUUCGAAAAACAGUGCCUGAAUGGACACUGGAGUAUGGCAACAUUGCUAUUUUUAUGCUGUCAUCAACAGAAAUCAUCUUUUCGUGGUUUUAUGAGCCAGAACGAUUACCCAAAUCUUAUGCAGGCUGGAUCACACACAUGUCGGGCAUUGAUGAUCGGUUAUUAAAAGCCCUUCGAGCCAUUCGUCAAGGGGAUUGGAUUUAUGGUAAAGACACUGGUUUUGAAAGCCUGUUGGGUGAUUACUGUGUUCAAUUGGGUAUACCCAGGUCUUUAGGUGAUCCAUGUACUGGAAGGAUCGCUUGUACGAUUGUACAUGAAGGCAAGCCUUAUGGUUGUGAAGCAAAUGCUCUUUUACGAUUCUAUAGAGGAUUUAUCAAGAUUUUUCCAGUUUAUUUCUCGGUUCAUUUGUUUCCUCCCUUGUUCUUUCGAACAUCUCAAUUCAUCUCUCAUCCAAUGCAGUCCAUGUUACAUAUCCUGAUGGCGUCUGUGCGUUCCUCUAGUUUUCUAGGUACUUAUAUUGCUAUUAUAUGGUAUAGUAUCUGUUUAGUAAGAACUCGCAUUGGAUACCAAUUGCUCGGUGUAAACCAGACAAGGCUGGAUAAUACACUAGCUCCUUUGAUAGGCAGUAUGCUCUGUGGUCUAUCUCUUUUGAUUGAAAGUAAGCAUCGUCGUAGUGAGAUGACAUUGUAUGUUGUUCCCCGUGCUCUUUAUUCUUUUACAGAGCGUAUCUUGAGUCCACAUCAAAAGGGAAGAUGGUGGGAACAAACAAGUGCUAUCUUUGCUGAGCAUCUCGUCUUUGCUGCCUCUGUAAUGGUUGUUGUGGAUGCUGUCUAUCAAAAUAGACAUAUGGUUCGUCCUUCUGUUCGAGGACUCUUGUCUUGGAUCCUUCAAAUUCAAUCUCAAAGUGGCCAAUCAACGCCCAUACAAGAAGAAGAGGAAGAGGAUCAAGGCUUGACAAUGAAAAAGAAAUAAAUUUUUCCGAGGAUUAGUUGCCAUGCAAUAAUUCAAUCUCCGUCAACGUGUAUUUUGUGCGCGUGAAAAAAAAAGCGGUCUUCUUUUUAUUAUUAUUAUUAUUUUUUCUUUCUUUAUUAUUAUAUAUAUACAAUGGCAUCUACAACAGCACUUUUCUAUCAUCAUCAUACCCAAACAGCAUAUAACCCUC